AUUUUUUUUCUCUUUGUUCAUCAGCUAGAAGCCUAAAAAAAAAAAAGAAAAAAAAAUUAAAUUAUGGCGGUUCGAGGUUUAAUAAUCUUUUCUGUGCUUUUAUCAAGCUUGGUUGCAUCUUGCUAUGGAUCAGGCUUGUUCAAAGAUCUUGCUAACACUCUCACCGUCUCUACCACCCCUACAGGCAAAGUAUUUCUAAGGGCGGGAAAAGACCAAAUAACAGUGACAUGGGGGCUAAACCGAAACGUAUCAAAACUCGACUCUUCAGCCUACAAGCAAGUAGAGGUGAAGUUGUGCUUCUUAGCCGAGAGCCAAGUAGACAGGCCAUGGAGGAAGACCGAAGAUGAAUUGGCUAGAGACAAAACAUGCCAAUUUCUAGUAGUUAAAAAAGACUUCACUUCAUCAAGUGACUCAUUUACCUACACUGUUAAAAAGGACGUACCAACUGCACAUUACUUCGUCCGUGCGUACGUACGUGACGGCCCCGACGGCAAACAACUUGCCUACGGACAAACCACCGGUCUAGACUUGUCCGUUAAGAGUAUUAGUGGCCGUAGCGCCUCGAUCGACAUUGCGGCUUCUAUCUUCUCCGCCUUCUCCGUGCUUUCUCUAGCGUUUUUCUUCUACUUGGAGAAGAAAAAGGCUAAGAGGGCUACCUAAGGGAAAAAAACGUUACACCAAGGGUUUGGUGUUUCUUUUAUUUUUCAUUAAUUUGUGAGGAAAUUAUGUGGUAUUUUUCUUAUGUAUACUUUAAUUUGAUGAAUUUGUGUGUUAGGCUUCUGGCUUUAACUACAUACACCAUCAUCUUUUAAUUAUAUAAAUAUGUGUAAUCUAUAUUUUGUUGUUUGCUAAUUAUGUCAAAUUUUAAGAGUUUUGGAGAAAGGUUAUAAGAAGAACAAUUUUUAACCAA